AUGUUGUUCAGGACGGUGAAUUUGCGAUCUGUCGGGUCUCUCUGUGCGCAGUUUGGGCUGGGGCGGUCUGUUGUGCGCGGUGUUGUUGUUGGUGGUGGUGUUCCGCCCGUGAGAGGGUACGCCGCGGCGGCGUUUGACAGGUCCAAGCCGCACGUGAAUAUAGGGACGAUAGGGCACGUCGACCACGGGAAGACGACGCUGACCGCUGCGAUUACGAAGACUCUCGCGAAGAGCGGGGGGGCCAGUUUCUUGGACUAUGCGGCGAUCGACAAGGCCCCCGAGGAGCGGGCCCGUGGGAUCACUAUCUCGACGGCUCAUGUCGAGUACGAGACCGAUAAGAGACAUUACUCGCACGUGGACUGUCCAGGGCACGCGGAUUACAUUAAGAAUAUGAUCACGGGUGCUGCGCAGAUGGACGGUGCGAUUAUUGUGGUGGCGGCGACGGACGGGCAGAUGCCUCAGACGAGGGAGCAUCUGUUGCUGGCAAGACAGGUGGGGGUUCAGAAGAUUGUGGUGUACGUGAACAAAGUGGACACCAUUGAUGACCCGGAGAUGCUGGAGCUCGUGGAGAUGGAGAUGCGGGAACUGUUGUCCCAUUACGGGUUUGACGGGGAUAACGCGCCCAUUAUCAUGGGGUCUGCGUUGUGUGCUUUGGAGGGACGGCAACCGGAGAUCGGGGAACAAUCCAUCUUGAAGUUGCUGAAGGCUGUUGACGAGUAUAUCCCCACACCAGAGAGAGACUUACAGAAACCGUUUUUGAUGCCCGUGGAGGACGUUUUCUCUAUCUCGGGGAGAGGUACUGUCGUCACCGGUAGAGUUGAGAGGGGGCACCUCAAGAAGGGCGAGGAGUUGGAGAUCGUCGGACACAACAAGACACCGCUUAAGAGUACGGUCACUGGGAUCGAGAUGUUUAGAAAGGAACUGGACGAGGCAAUGGCCGGGGAUAACGCAGGUGUCUUGCUAAGAGGGAUCAGAAGGGACCAGAUCAAGAGAGGUAUGAUUCUUGCGAAACCGGGGACAGUCAAAGCCCACACGAAGAUCCUAGCGUCGUUGUACAUCCUCACAAAGGAGGAAGGUGGCAGACACUCUGGGUUCGGCGAAAACUACAGGCCUCAACUGUUCAUCAGAACAGCAGACGUCACGGCGGUCAUGCGGUUCCCACCGGACGCUGAGGACCACUCGAGACAGGUCAUGCCGGGCGACAACGUGGAGAUGGAGUGCGAUUUGAUCCACCCAACGCCAAUGGAGGUCGGCCAACGGUUCAACAUAAGAGAAGGUGGUAGAACUGUGGGGACCGGGCUGAUCACUAGGAUCAUCGAGUGA